CAGUAUAAUAUAUUUACGCAUCACCACCACUGUGCGCGAAUACUUUAAACGCGCAGGCAGGCCUUUGCCUGGCGCCUUUGCGCGGUCCGGUGUGCACUCAGUGCGCAACCCUCUUACAAAGCGCUUGCGCCUUACAAGCGCCCCGUCAUGAGGAGCCACACAACUGCAGCGACCGCGGCUGUUGGUCGCUGUGGACAGUCUUGCGGCUUGGGGCGCAUUCGGCUCGUCCAAUUGCUCUCGGUGCUGGUGGUGCUCCUGGCGGUUACUCGCGCGAGCCAUGCCGCCGCUACAGGUCGCCUAGCGCAGCGCCGCUCUACUCAGUUCGGUGGGCCUGAUGUUAUUCCCACCUACAAGUGUGGAUCGGGCAGCUAUGAGUUCGGCACGGUGGACUUCCGCUUCGCCUCGGAGGUCCUGGCCAACGUCUCCACCGAGGCCACCUACAACCUCACCGUGCUGCGCUUCCCCGACCCCGCGGGACCUUUCCCCUCCGAUGUGCCUCCUGCUGCGGAGGUCAUCGGCAGCGUGCGCCUCAUCGCCAACUCGCCGGCCGGCUCGGUGACGGUGGAGAUCACGAACAAGUUCGGACAGGCGUGGCCCGCCGGCACCGUUGUCAGCUGGACCAGCCCGCUUUUCUACGACGUAAGCCGCUGCGCCAUUGGUCCCGAGCGCCUGCAAGCCGAGACGCCGCUGGAGAACAUUCUCAGCCCCGCUGAUGCUGCGGAUGGCGUCAAGACCAUCAUCUCCUUCUCACUGCCCUGGUACCGCCUAUCGCGCCCCCGCAUCUCACCCUUCCUUGGCGAGGAGCCGUGCGCGCGCCCGACCCAGAUCUCGGCCCUGUUGGUCAAGGUGUACCUGCCGCCUUCCGGACCGGGCCGACGUGCCCUGCAGCAGUCCGGCUCGUUGGGCGCCUACGCGGGCUCCGUGGCAUGGGGUGGCAAGAGCACCUGCGAUGUGCUCUUUAACGGCGACAACAACUCGUACUACCCCUUCCGUCUCAUGGACAUCGAACUUGCGUGUGACUGCUUCAUCGACACGCCCACGUGCAACACCGGAGAUUUCGAGCUGCGCACACGCCUGGGCGCCCUCCUGCCCCAGCCCAUCGAUGUGAACCUGCUGCACUUCGCUGGCAACGUCACAUCGAACGACCGUCAGUACAUCCCCGAGCUGAGGGGAUACGGUUUCAUUAGCGCCAGUGGUGGCGUGCUGCGUGCCAGGCUGGUCACUAAGGACGGCAGCCCCUGGCCCCUGGGCUCCCGCUUCUCCUGGUUGGCGACCGCGGAUGAUGCCAGUGCGGGCGCGCCCCCCGGCUUCGGCGGCGGCCCCCCUGGUGCUGACGCCCCGCCCGGCGAGGGUGGCGACGCCCCGCCUGGCGAGGGUACUGGCCCCGACCCCGUAUGCACCAUGCCUUCCCUCAUCGCGCCCCAGCCCGACCUCCCGAACACCAUCAUCGUCACCGACUCCUCAACCACCGAGAUCCUCAUCGAGAUCCCCACCAGCGCCAUCAACAUCAACAACCAAGUCCCGAUCGACACGCCCGAUUGCAGCGGCCCUUUUUCCUUCUUCAAAAGCUUCAGCGCCGGCGCUGCCACGCUGUACAUCAAGGCUGUCUUCCCCACUAGCACGGCAGGCGGUCGCCGCCGCCUUGCGGCCACGUCCAACUCCCGCGGCCUCCUCCAGACCAGCCCCCUUGACCCGGACUCAGUGUCGUACCUGGGCAUUGACGCCGUCUGCACGGGACCCCCCGUGGUCUGGGCCAACCGCCUGUCGUUCAAGUGUGGCUGCCCCAAGAGCCCGCCCAGCCCGCCCUCGCCGCCCCGCCCGCCGCCUAGUCCGCCCCGCCCGCCUCCGCCUGCCGACAGCGGUUUCCCCUUCUGCCGGUGCAGCAAGCGCAAGCUCAACGUCUCGCCGUACCGCCUGGCAAUCACCAGCGAGAACUACGGCCUAGGCACCGGCGGCCUGGGCCCCGACAGCCAGGGCGUCAAGUACAACCAGAUCUGCUUUGCUGUGGGCCCCUUCGCGCGCUGCAAUGCCACGACCUCACCCUGCUGCAGCAUGACUGUGAAGAAGCUGGAGCUGCUAAUCCGUCCCGAGUGCCGUACCGAAUCCCCGCGCCCCGUGCGCGCCAUCAUUGUCAACAACCACACCACUCUCUCGCCCACCUUCUCCAACCACAUCGGCGCAACUGGCGAGGAGUUCACGGUCCUCGGCGUCACCAAGCUGGACAAGGUCGCGCCCAGGGCCGACGGCUCGCCCAUUAUUGACAUCUGCUUUCGCCUGGCUUCAAACAGCGCCUGCGGCUUUGCGGAUGGCCUUUGCGACGGCCGUGGUGGCGACGGCUGCUUGUACAGUGUGUUCAGCGCUGAGGACAGCAACUGUUGCCCCCGGGGCUACCUUGACCUUUUCUUCGGUCGCCGCUAAGGAAGCAAGCGAGGGUCAGGUGCUACACUACGAGCUUCAAUGAGCAAGCUUGAUGAGCACAGCAAGAUAAGACGACGUCAUUUCAAGGAGCCUGCAUGGUGCCCAUGCAUGCAUGGGCGCCCAGCACGCAUGCAUGCACGCACAACACACACAACACCUGCAGCGUUGCACACAUUCCAGUAGUGUUUGUGGACAGACGUACUUAGUAGUAGGGCAAGUCAAAGCCAGGCUUGGUUUGGGGCAUGCUGAGGGUCUUAAACUACCGUUUCCACUUGCGUAGUGAUGAGUCAAGAGCGCGCGCAGGAUCGUUUCGCACUGCGUUGCCUUGUUGUGAUUCUUUCCCGUAGUUGAUGAAUUCAACGCUGAUGGGCACUCUACACACGGGACAUAAGGAAUGGCUGACUUAUCAUGGCGUAGGAUGGACGGACUUGUAGCUAUCGGAAGAGGGGGGCCAAGGGCAGGUUUCACUAUACCUCCCAACUGCACUAAACUCACCCUGCCUUAUCCAACGACUAGCGCGCGCUGCUGCUGAUUGCCAUGUCCCAUCGAUGUGAUGCAAUGGCGGCACAGCACUUCCUUGGUUGUAGAAUGAAUGCAGUUUUGGCUUGUCCUGUACAGUCUCUUGCUUUCUUGUCGCCUUUCUUAUUUGUCCUGUACAUAGCUCCAGAAGUUUGGGGACACUCGAAUGAACGAUGCGGAUGGCAAGGGCGUGCGUGCUACAAGGAAUGCAUCAAUGCAUGGCAUACCGCACAUCAACACACAUGCGCACCAGCGCACGUACGGCUGCGCACGCACGCACACGUCGAACUGCAUGCCGCCCUACCCUCUGGUGUGCACUGCGGGCAUGCGAAGUGUUUGCUAGUGAGUGCAUCUUCCACGCACACAGCGCACGCGGCACCCGCAACCUGGGGUGCGCACCCCUGCGGCCCUGCCCACGCACAUCCCAUCCCACAUACACGCGUGCGCAACUGUUGCGCACGCGCACAUGCAUCGCCACAUAGAUCUGAUUACUCUGAUGCCCACAGCCGCCAUUGUGGCGGCUGCUGGAUUUGUAAAAUUGUCUCAUG